AUGUUCCAAUUCGUGCAGUUUGUGUCUGUUUUGGUUGCUUUGAAGAUGACGCAUGCCAGAAAUGGCCGAUUACUACAGGACCAUUCCCAUGGAAUGAACUGUGGGUUUUUCUCGGAAUUGAGAUUUGAGGAUGCUUGAAAAUACGGAAAAAAAAACUCAAAAUUUACUUCUACUCACGUGAAAGUUGAGAAGCUUCUGCUUUCGGUUCCUCGGAAGGCGUUUGGAAGCUUUCCAGUAAAUGCUCAUAUGCCUUCCACAUACCUUCCUGACAACUCUAGUCACCUUCCAGUAGCCUGCUGGAAGGCUUCUUGCAGGCAUUUUAAAUUUUCACCUUCCAACCUCCCGAUGGUUACCUUCCCAACACCUCCCCGAAAUUCGCUUCCACCAUUGGAAAUGUUUCAGCUGAGCCUUCGAAGCUGAUCAACACGAUAAUGAUGAGAUACGACAAGAGGGUUCGACCCUACGCCGACACCCUCCAUCCGGUCAUAGUCCACAUGACGAUCGUUCUCGGCAUCCUCACUGAAGUGGUCCGUUUCAGCUUCCUUCGAAAAGUCGCGAAGUCGAUUUUGUUGCAAAAAGGUCGCCAUAAGGUUCUCUGCAAUCAAGCCUUAGCGUUCUUCUUCUUCCUACGCUUUUGUAUCGCUUGAGCGGCGUCGGCGCCCCAAGUCGAUUAGCCGAGGUCCUAUCCUGAUAUCAGUGAUAAUCAGUGGACUGGCUCCAGUGACAUAUCCGUCCUUGUGUGUGACGGCUGGGGAUUAUGAAGCCGUGGUUUCCCACUACCAACAUUUCUCAAACCCCUUGGUUGGGUCGGGGAUCGAACUUGUGACCCUGUGGACCGUACACAGGCACAAAACCUGUUGAAAAAAAAAUGAUAUCAUCGUGCAUGGAUGUCUUCAGGAUUUUCUUAAAGAAUCGCCAUUUUUGCCUUUUUCUCCCUUUUCAUCAAAGAAAAUGAUAUCAUUUUUAACUUUUUUGUUACGAAUCAAGAAGUUUUUGCUUGGAAAAUUCAGAAAUCAGAUUAGACAUUGUUCGUCAGACGGCUAUUCUUCUAGCGCUUUCGGAAGAGUAAACUAAUUUGCUCCUUCCAAGUGUUCUUAGAGGAAAAUCUGGAAAAGUUUUGCGAAGGAAAAGAAGAUUUUUCAGAGGGAAAAUCAGCAGGUCGCCUCGUUUGUCAUCUCACAUGUGCAGGUGAGUAUUAGGGAACUAUUUCGGGGGUACAAAAAAUGAGAAAUGUUUACAGAGUGGUACCAAGAGGGGCAAUCUUAGGGUUUCUCGUAGGUUAUUUGGAUGAAAAAAAUCAACAGAAAACUACUGAAAAUUUUUUUGUGGACUCCUUAGGGUUUUUUUUCCGUUUAAGUGGCCACUAUAGUAGUUUAACUGGUACUGCUAGAUGACUAGAUCUACUACAGCUGCCACUGAUAAACAAAAUAGUAGUCUCUACAGAAGUGGUUUGAGUGGCCACUUUAGUGUCCUCUCCAAGUAGUCCUUAGGGAGUCACUAGUGGCUAAAAAUUUUCCUCUUUCGAAAACAAUUAAAAGACCACUAUUGGGGCUACUUAAUUCUUAGCAACCUAGAAAUAAGUCCCUCUAGGGAGCACUUUUUUGUCCCAUAUCGGGGAUGUUUUCCCUAACCCCUUCAGGGACCACUCUGUCUUUUCAAAGUUUAGAGACCUCGAAAAAUGAAACGAUGUUUUCAAAAUUUCCUCUUACUCGACUUUUAUUGCAUUUGAAGCUUUCAAAAAUAAUUGAGACGGAAUUUUCCAAAAAAUAAUGUUUUAUGACUUCUUAGAGUCAACGAGCAGAGACAUUUGAAAAAAGUUAGUUAAGAAAUGGACUUUUAGCGCUGGAAAGAUCCUCAGCUGGCAUGGGACCCGGCCGACCACGGCGGAAUCCGACAGGUCGUCAUGCCGCAAAACUUGGUCUGGGUUCCCAAACUCUUCAUUUACAACAGGUAAUAAUGUACAAAAUUGUGUGGUGUGUCCCUAUAGGGACCACUUCUUCGGUUUCUAUAGGGGCUGUUUUUUCGCCUAACUCCUAAAAGGACCACUCUAAGACUCCUAAGCCGUAUGAUUGAUUUUCGAUGAUUUUUUUUCUAGAACGGUUAGGGGCCACUUUAGACGUCCAAGUGGCCACUAUAGAAGUCGAAUUUGUGGCCAAUGUUCUCCAUAGUUUUCCCUUGAGGAACCCCUUGAGAAGCCUCUGAAGUUUUUCCAGUAUGUUUCAAGAUUUUAUUCGUGAAUCUAGUUUUUUACAAAGGAGGCUGGUUCACAGCUGGCUUGAGCCCGCAAAAAAAUGGGUCCUGACACGGUAAAAAAAAAAGGGAUAGCGCAGAUAAGCCGCGUCCCAAGCUAAAGCCGGCUAUAUGAAUAAAAAAAAAGAAAUGAUGGUUUGAUUGAUUGGACACCUUGGAAAAAUUAAGUAUGGACACGAAGGACAUGCUGACGGAAGACCGGUACGACGUCCGUGUUCAGCACACGGGACACGUCAAAAUCAACAGUCCGCAGUUCGUGACCGCCCUCUGUCGCAUCAACAUCGACCUCUUCCCGUUUGACACACAGGUUUCUCUUUUUCUAGAAGGAAUUAUGAAGAUAGUUUGAAAACAUGUGCUGAAACAUGUGUUCUACCAACAAGGAAAAAUUUUAUGGUUAAGAAAAUUGGGCAAAAUUCGCUUUGAUGUAUCAGAAGUAGAUCCUGAAAAGUUCAGUCUGUAUAACUUUCUGGUUUUUUUGAAAAAAAGGACACCUCGAAAUUAUAGAAACCCCCCCCGCUGGUACACCAAACCUACAGCACUCCUAAUUACUUUAAUAGGUUACAAUAAUACAGUACUCCUACUUACAGUUCUCCAACACUCCUACUUAGAGUACUCCUAAGUACUUUACUAGGUUACAGUAAUACAGUUUUUUUCUACUUACAGUUUUUUUACUCACUUUGAUAAGUUACAGUACUACAGUAAUUCUACCUACAAUUCUCCAACAAUCCUACUUACAGUACUCCUAAUGACUUUACUAGGUUACAGUAAUACAGUUGUCCUACUCACAGUACUUUUACUUACUGUAAUAAGUUACAGUAAAAAAGUACUCCUACUUAUGACAAUAACUGUUACUGACAGGCACUAUAGUGAUAGUUCUGGACUUUUCAGCCCCCAAUUUUCGAAAUCUAGAAAAUUGUGCAGGUUUCGAAUAAUAUUUUUCUGACUCAUCAAGAAGUCUUUUGCCUAAUUCUCAGAGAAUUCUCAACCUCGAAGUCAGAAGACUUACCUUGUAAACUUUCAUCAAAUAUAUUCAGUUUUGUGCCGUCGCUCUGGCCUCACCUCUUCUAUCCGUUGAGGAAAUGGACGUCAAUGCCACACAACCGCCAAAAGAUUCUUAUUUUUCGGUCAGUUCCAUAGGAAAUUCAAAAAGGAAGGUUUAGUAUGCAUAUGUAUCCCUAAAAACUUUUCAAAAUAAAGGUCGCAUUUAUCAAUUAAUCAGCUACAAAAACAAGCAAGUAGCCCUGGUCGUAAAGUUGAGGAAUCUUUGAUCAAGAGAGUUUUUUGCGUCUUGUCUUAGGGACCUUUGAGUGGUUCCUAUAGGGAUUGAAGGUUUGAUCCCUUAGUCCCUGAAGCUAAGUGGUCCCUAUAGGGUCACUCAAUUCUUUUCAAAGAGGUUAUUUUUUUUUAGUUUUUCGCAUACAAUUCAUAAAAGUUUUCUACUAGCAUGCCCCUAUAGGGGCCACUAACUGAAAUUCCUAUAGGGACCACUUUUCAAGCCUUAAUUGACCUUAUUUUGUAAAAGACGUAAUUUUUUUAUUUUUGCUCUGACUUUGUUUUUGAAGAAAUUACUCUAGGGAAACGCCGAAUGGCAGGUGAUGAACGUAACUGUCCGGCAAAUGAAGUUCAUGGAAGACGGAGAAUUUCGAGCCGAGGUCUUUUUUUAUUCUUUUCUAUGAGAUUGUGAAAGAACUUUGAAAAAAUACCUCCAAGUUUUUUCGAGAAUAGCUCCGGGACAAGAUUGGACAAUUAGGGAUAAAAAAAAACCGAUUUUUCAGGUCCAUUAUAUCCUUCAUUUGAACCGACGCCCUACCUAUUAUAUAACUGUUAUCGUUGUCCCGACUUUCUUAAUCUCGGCCCUCUCUAUUUUGGGCAUAUUCUCACCGGGCUCCAAUGAUGGUCCGAGGAACGAGAAGGUUAUCUUUUCUAGGAACCUAAAAAAAAUGGUUUUUUCCAGGUCUCCCUAGGCCUUGGAUCCCUGUUGGCCAUGACAGUCCUGCUGGAUAUCGUGGCUGGCGCGAUGCCAAAAAGCGACGCCAUCCCGUUGCUUGGUUGGUUUUUCCAGAAAUCAGAGUAAAAAAUAAAUUUUCUGUGAUGAAACUUCAAAGCCAUGCGCCUUAAACUUGACACAAAAAUCAGUCUGAAAUCCAUAAUUCGAAACUUUUUGGAAAACUUAGAUUCGGCCAAAGGUACGUAAUUUAUCAGAGAGACAAAUUUAGGAACACCGGAGGGCUCCAUAGAGGCGUUACGUAAAAAUCAGACCCUAUAGGAGACAAAAUAAUGCUCCCUCGAGGGCUAAAAUGUAGGUGGACCCUACAGGGGUUUUUUGCCCGACUCCUAAGGCCCUUAAGCUUAAGUGGUCACUUUAUAUCUGAUUCACGGCGGGCUUGAGCCAUUGAAAAAAAUGGUCCUGACACGAUAUUGAACGAGAUAGCGCCUGGCUCGUGGAGAGCGCAGACAGGACACGCCCCCUUAGCGUCCUAAGCUGGCCGUGAAUCAGCUAUAACGGUCUUUCAAUUUAGUUUCCGCAUAGUCUUGGAGCUCGGUAACAAAAACCGGACAUCCUUUGGACGUUUUUGAGCACUUCUAGGGGUCACUUAAGAGUUCUGACGCUACUAAAGUGUUCACUAAAAACGUCCAAUUAGCGUUAAAAAUGUCUCAUGCUUCUUCUCCUGUAGUUCAUAACAAUAAACAACUAGCAUGCUCCCCUAGAGUGGCCACUUUAGCAAGCUUCUCUCUAGGGCCUUAGCUCUUCUAUAGGGGCCUCAACAAGUGCCCCUAUAGAAGAGGUAAGGUCCUAGAGAGGAAUCUUCAAGCGCCCCUCUAGGGACCACUUUCGCAUUCCUAAGUACGACACAAAAAAAGUUUACAGUGCUUUGAUUCAAUAAAAUUCACAAUUUAUGAACCCUUUCUAGGCUACUACAUCAUGAUGGUGAUCUUACUCUGCGCUAUCGGCGUGGCCGUCUCGAUGGCGAUGCUGAGCAUGAGCCGUAGCUGUAUCCAGACGUCCCGAAUGCCUCCGCCGCCCUAUUACCGCCUCCUUUUCCUGAGGGUCGCCAAAGUCGCCAAGGCCAACGGCCUCAACAAUCAGCACGUCAACGAGAAGCCCACCACUGUCACGUGAGUUUGAAGGGGGUACUGAAAGGAUCAGAAGAUGGAAGAAACAAAAAAUCAUGAUAAAAGGUCUGUUACAAAUACAUUUUCUGGAACAGGAAAGAAUAUUUUCUGCGGUGUGUGUUCUUGGCGCAAAUUGGUAUUAACUUUGAAUACUCCGUGUAAUUUUUGACGUAGAAUGACGUCAUUUUAUCCGGAGCGCGCACUUAAUUUUUUUCAUUAGAAAUGCCGUGUUGGGCUCAAGUUUCCUGAUUUAAAAAUCAAAAAACUUGAGACAAUCAUUAUUCAAUCUAGGCAGUAUAAGUCAUUUUAUUAGAUAAGCAAGAUAUUUUGAAUCGGUGCCAAGAAACGCAUUGCGACGCUUCAAGCCAAAUAAAAAUGUUUCAUUCGAAAAAUCCUUCUCUAUCGAUUUUCUAGUGUUUCGAAGCAACAGUAAGGAGCUUGAGAAAUAUAAAAAAAGUUUUAUUUAUUUAUUUUUCCAGUUUCGAUUCCAUUUUUUUAGACAGAAAAAAAUGAGGAAUUCAGGAAUUUUUUUAUUCGCGACUAUUCUAACAAUAUAGCAGUUUUGUUAACCUAUUUUUAUGAAACUUUUUAAAGCUGUAAAGCUCAAUAUAUUCUCCAAAUUUUUCCUUAAUAUAUAUAUUUACCUUACAAACUUUAAUGCUUAAAGCUUUAUAAACAGAUGAGGUGUCAAUCAGUUCCUAGUUAGAUAUUGAAUCUUCCGAAAACGUUUUCAAAUUUUUAGGCCCCGAUUCCCUGACCUGAUAGCCAUCUACAACCAGCUUAUCGAGGUUGCCAGGGCCCAAAAAGCCUACAGAGAACGGAUCGAGAAGCAGAAAUGGCAGAGAAAGGUGAUUUUCAGCAAAUCAUCAAAAACGAUUCUCGAAUCUUCAGGUCGAAGUCGAAUGGAACAAAAUCUUCGCCCGGGUCGACUUCUUCUUCUUGUUCCUUUUCGAAAUGUUCAAUUUGCUUGUCCUUUUGUUGUUCCUUCGAUAUGCUUUCGUGGCUGUACCGCCGCUUCCCGAAAAUUUCUCGAUUUGA